AUGCAUCCGCGCGCGUUCGCCGAACCUUUGGACGCGGCGACGCGCGCGGAGACGUCGGAGCGCGCGCAGACGCGCGUCGUGCUCGUCGGCCCGCCGGAAUGCGGGAAGACGACGCUGUUGCUUCGCUUCUGCGUGCGUUACGUGCGGGAAAAUCCGGAUGGGCGAGUGCUGUACAUCGCGAGCGAACGGGCGAUGGAUCGCGCGCGCGUGCACGCCACGCGGGAUGAGCUGCUGAAAGACGACCCGCGCGCGCUCGAUCGAAUCGGAAUCAAGUACGCGGAGGACGACCAGGACGUGCGGGCGCUGUGCUGCUUCAGACACGCGGCGCCGGCGAACGCGCAGCCGACGGCGUACGUCGUCGACGAUUUGGGAAGUUUGAUCAAGUGUGGUGGGAAGGAUAGAGUGAAACGAGAGAUAGCGUACGCGAAAACGUUGGCGGCGCUGCACGAGAGCGCGAGGGAUGAUGAGAGCGGAGAGGAGCGGUUGGUGGUGGUGAGCGAACGGAGGGACGAGGAGUUGGGCGGGGUGCCGAUGGGGUACGUGUACGCGCGGUGGUUCGGUGAGGUGAUGCAGGCGUGCGAGGUGGGGAACGGGGAGUGGGAUUUAGUGCGACAGAGCGACAUGGCGAGCGUGAGGUACUCGACGCGAUCGUCCGCGAGGACUGAAUAG